AUGGCGACGACUGGAGUUGGUUUUCGGUGGUUAGAUAUCUUAGAAAAGGAGUUCGAUAAAGCAUGUGUCGAAUUAGAUACGUCUUUAUCGGAUUUGGAAUCAGAAGAUCCAGAAACGGUGUUUUCUGCUCGUCAAAAGAUAGCAACUCUCAGCUCAUGCUUUGCUCAAUUGACUCACAAAGCCCUCACCAUUUUCCAGAACAGUGCCAAAUUAGAGUUC